GGUUCACCACGAGCAGUGGGGGUUUCCGUUUCCCAUCGGGGCCCUGCUCUCUUUGGGCCCAGCCGUGUGGUUCCCACAAGACGCCCAGCGGCGACUGGGUCCCCACGGCUGAGACCAGCUGGACGUGGUGGGCCGAGUGUGAUGAAGAGCCCUUGACCCCUGCAUCGGAAGCCCUGGUGUUCCCGUGCGCCCGCCCGCCCUCGGAGACUGUGUGACCCUGGCUCUUCCUCAAGUGAUUUUCUAAGAAAAGACCUCAAAAGUGCAUCCUGCUCUCAUUUUAUGAAGAAAACACCUUUCUGAUCUCCCUGAGGACACUGAUUCAAGGAGGACAGGACUCUGACUUGGCUUGGGAGUGAGUUGGAGUGAGGCUGAAUCUCUUCUGCAAUACUUCCUUCCAGCUGAGACACAGACACAACUGUAGGGAAACUCCUCAGAUCCCACUGCUGGCACCAUGACCUCGGAAGGCCGUGAACUCUCUCCAGAGAACGAAAGUUUUCUUGAGGAUGCUAUUGCGUAUUUCCAGAACACCGUGAGCCCAGAAGUACUGCAUCACCUAUUGAACGACCAUGAAGCCUGGGAGAGAUUUGUGGCUGUGGCUGUUGCCUCAUUGCCCAGGGAGGAGGCUGACAUACUACGUGAAGGUUUGAAUGACCUGACAGGACACAUGGAUAUGGAAGACGAAGACCUGGCUAGGGAGACUUUUUUGAAUGUGUUUCCCCAGUUGAAAGUGGAGCUUGAGAAACGCAUAAGAAAGCUCCGUAGGCUUGCAGAUGAGGUUGACAAGGUCCACAAGCGCUGCACCAUCUCCAACAUGGUAGCGAGUUCCACCGGUGCUGCGUCUGGCCUCCUGGGCGUCCUUGGUCUGGGUCUGGCACCUGUAACAGCAGGGUUCAGUCUGACACUCUUGACAACUGGAUCGAUGCUGGGAGUUGCAGCUACUGUGACUCACAUGUCCACCAGCCUUGUGGAAUACUCAAACACAUCGUCUGCAAGAGCUGAAGCCAGUGACCUGGUGUCUGGUAUUGAUCAAGGGGACAGAGUUGGAUUGGAUCUGCAGAACACCAUACUCAAAAUUCUUUCUUUAGGAUCUGUCAUUAGAAAUCUGAAAAAAAUUGCAAAGAAUAAUAGUGCCAAGAAGGUAGCCACAGUCCAACCUCACCUGGUAGACAAGGCCAGGCGCCUCAUGACAGGUAGGAGUGUCUCAGUUCGAAGUGGCAAUCUGGUGCAGAAAGCUUUUGGAGGUACUGCUCUGGCAAUGUCCAAAGGAAUCCGGUAUCUGGGCAUGGCUAGCUCAGGUGUGUUCCUUCUGAUGGAUGUGGCCAGCCUUGUAAAAGAGUCAAGGCACUUGCAUGAGGGGGCAAGGGCAGAGUUAGCUGAAGUGCUGAGGCAGCAGGCCCAGGAGCUGGAGAGAAAGUUGGAAUUGCUCACACGGCUCUAUGAGAGUCUCAUGUAGGGCCGACUCCAUGACCUCCGAGCAGGGACAGAGCAGGGGCGAGAGUGGGACAAAGACGUAGAGGGACUUUAUUAGAAGGGGAGGGGGGCAAAAUAACAUUUGGGGGGGGCGUUCCAGAGUUUAGCAUUAGGUUAGUUGGGCCCAGUGACGGCGGGGUUUAUUCAGUUUUUUUGGGGGGGGGUCCCAGGGAGGAAGGGACAUGGGGCUGGAAUGAGGAGACAGGGAUGGAGAGAGUGAGGAGAAUGGACCAAAGAGGACACGGGGGACGUGGGGAAAGAGGGGCACGCAGGAACAAGCAGCGAGGCCAGGAAUACUCAAGCAAGAAUGGUUGGAAUAUGCGAGAAGUGCUCCUCUGCCCACCCUCCCCGUGGUGACGCACUGGCAGGAGUGGACUCUUUCCUACAAAUCCAAAACCGUGAUGAGAUUCUACUCCCCCUGGUCAGAAUGGCCUGAACAAAUCAGGGCACAACAGAUGCUGACAAGGAUGUAGAGAAUGGGAAAACCUCUGAUGCUGCUGGUGGCAAUGCAAGCUGGGGCAGCUGCACUGGAAAACAAUGUGGAGGUUCCUCAAAAAGUUAAAAAUAGAGCUACCUUAUGACCCAGUAAUUACAGUGCUAGGUAUUAAUCCAGAUGAUACAAACAUAGUGAUUCAAAGGGCAUGUGCACCCCGAUAUUUAUUUAUUUUAUUUUUCAAAGAUGUUACUUAUUGGAGAGAGGCCAUGGGAAGGGUGGGGAGGAGCUGAGAGAGGGGGCCAAGCGGACUCCUCCAUGAGCAGGAAACCCAGCUCAGGGCUCAAUCCCAGGACCCUGAGAUUAUGACCUGAGCUGAAGGCAGAUGUUUAACUGACUGAGACACCCAGGCUUCCACCCCAAUAUUCAUAGCAGCAAUGUCCACAAUAGUCCAACACUGAAAAGAGGCCAGAGGUCUAUCAACAGAUGAGUGGAUAAAGAUGUGUAGAUACACACAAUGGAAUACUACUCAGCCAUCAAAAAAGAAUGAAAUCUUACCAUUUGCAAUAACAUGGAUGGAACUAGAGGGUAUUGUGCUAAGUG